AGUGCAUUAUUUACCAUAUAUUUAUUCCCUUAUUUUAACAAUGUAGUCAUCUUUUAUUUAUUAUUUUAGGUCUUUAAUUACUUUUAAUAUUAUAAGUAUAUUUUUUUCUUAGUCUUAUAUUUAUUGUUAAAUUAGCUUAAAUAGUACUUGGUUAUGUAGCAGGUGCUAAGCUCGUGAGAAACUGUAGCCCGUUAUUUGCUCACGGGUCAUUACCAAUUACAAUCAAUAAGGAGAAGUUUGAAAGAGCUAAAGCCCAUCAUAAACAUUGAAAGAGUCCAAAGCAAAGCAAAGGAAAUAAGAAAUGAUGAAUGGGCCACUAAAAUCUCCACCCAAAUGAAGAAUCACGUGAAGUUAGAAGAGUCACCUUUGACUCAUUCUCUUCCUCACCCAAAUUUCACACUUUCUGUUCCAGUAACCACCAAAAGAGCAAACAUGGCAAAUCUUUCGCCCUCCUUCUCGGCGCAUCAAACAACAAACUCACGAUGCCGAUCUUCUAGUUCCGAUAUUCCCGUUCAAACUAGGGGUUAUCUCCUAUAAAAUUGCUACUCAAACCGUCAAGAAAUACACAGAAAACACAGCAAAAAAAUUAGGAGGGUUUGUGAGAUUGGAUUGUUGAUGUUGACAGUAUUGAAGGUGAGCGAUCUCCAUUGACGGCGGACCCGAAGGCAGCUGCUGCAUCGGUCUAGUUCCUAAUCAAUGAGUUUUCUCUUUCUCUAUCUUCAAUUAAGAGUUUUUAUAGUGUUUCUUUGUACUUACAAUUCAUUACAAUCAGAUUUAAUUUUCAGUUUUGAUGUUCAUGGAGUGGUCUUACUUGAAAAACGUUGAGUAUUUCAUGAUUAAUAUUGAGUUUGGUAUUUAUUCAAGUUAUAUGAUUGUUGGAUUCAUCUUUUUGUGUUUGAUCUUUAUAUUUGUGAUAGUGCACGAUUACAGGUAUAGAGUAAUUAGACUAUGCUAUAUUACUACUUGACGCGGCCUUAAGUGAUUAUUUAGAGUAAACAACUUAGUAUUGUUAGGAGUGAGCGGAUCACUUUAAUUUUAUUAAGUAUAUAAACUGUUCUAAUGAAACAAGUUUAUUAGGGUUGGAUUUAUCGCGGCGGUAAAUCCACGACCUAUUUGCCAAACGAAGUAUUAAAUGAGAUUUUGGUACAUGGAAGAAGGAACUUUAAAUUGUCUGAUUUCUCUAUAAUCAAACCAUACCAAUUGGGCUUGUUUUCUUGUCAUUUGUAAAUAAUUGUUUAGUUAGUAAUUUAAUGUUUACUUAGAUUGUUAGUAUGAAUUUUAAACACCCCCCACUAUGUGAAUAGGUAAAUAAUUGUAUAAGUUGUGUAUCCUAUGAUUAUUUCGGUUUGGUUUUAAACCUCUGAUUAGUUAAACUUUGAUGUUAGAAUUAGUAGUCUCUUCGUGGGAUCGACUCUUUCUUACCCUUUUACUACUUGUUAAUAUUUUUGAAGGUCUAAGAUAGGUUUUUAAUUUAAUACGGUAAACGACACGUAUCACCAAUCUCACUCAUCUCAACCACCAUCCUUCUUUCCCGCUCUUCGGCUUCCCUGUUUCACCUUUACUUUUAAUUUCCUCUUGCUUUUCUUCUUGUUGAUGCUGCCUUUUCUCUCCCUGUAUUCAUCUACCAACAAUGACGAGUGACCUUUACUUCCUCACUAUCACUUUGUCCUUUUUCUCCCUUGUAUGAUUCUCUCUUCUCUUCCCUUUCUAUGCUUGAAUUCGUGGAUCUUGGUGAUGUUUUGGAUGUUUAAUUCAUAUUUUUAUUCGAUGGAUCUUGGGUUUUUUUUUGUAUUGGUUUUUUUACUUAUUUGAAACCUUAAUUCGAAUUGAUUUCUUGAUCCACUAAGGAAACACAUAAAUGAAGGAACCAUGUGUCUUGAGAUCUCUUUUGUUGUUUAAUUCGUCUUUCUGGGUCAUUUUUGUCUUGCUCAGUUUUAAUUUCUUGAUUCUGUCGUGCUUAAUUUGACACCGAAAUUCGAAUUACGUUUAUAGGUUUGUUUAUAAUAAAGAGUGAUUAACAUAUUUGAUUUUUUUAAGGAACUGUUUGUAUAAGGGAAGGAGUGUGCUUAGUUGGCAGCUUAAGCUUGCAAAUUUGGUAUGGGAUUGAAUUAUUGGUGUCAAAUUGGAUAGAACGUACGAAGGAAGUAAGUCAACAUUCCUCCUUUUCUCUAUGCUUCAUUUUGAUAAUUUAAGCAUCAAAUUCACAUUUUUAGGGUUUUCAUUUUUUGUUUUGCUCCAUAUUCCUCAAUGUACUUUGUUUUUCAUUAGGUUACUGCAUAAUGUUAACAAUCUCAUACCAAUUAAGAAAUCAAUAAAACUAAAUAACAAUCUCAUAAUUUGAUGAAUUUUACAGAAUUUUAUUAGAUUUUUAAUUUUUGAAAAAAUUGGGCUUUAUUUGUGAAUUUCAUAUGCAUGCCCAAGUCAUCUAACUUACUUUGUUAUAUAUUAUAUUUACAUAGUUUGUAAUAGAGUAGUCUAUUUUCACAAACUCUACUUGGUGCCUUGAUUUGAUUGCUUUUCUUACUGUACAUUGAGUUGGCAUCAAUUCUGGUUAGUUUUGGGGUUGGAUUUGUGAAAUGAAAGACUGUCACCUUACGGAAAUAGAUUAGAAUAUAGAAUUGUAUCGAGCUCGGUUUGCACAUGCUUGAGGUUCCAAUGUCUAUCGAAUUAUUCGGAUAUAUAUGCCACUCAUUGAACAUAUGUUGCUACUAGGUUGGAAAAAUGUCACUAUUUUCUGAAAGAGUGAUAUUACAUUUGGUUUCCCGGUGUAGAAUACGGACGUUACAAGGUUAAUGGAGGUCUGUACAUUGUCUUAAUAGUUAGUCAGUUACCUCUACCCAUACUAUACAUGUCCUUAGGUGCUUUCCUAAAGAUCAUAUGCAAUAGGCUUGUUGCAAAGCUGUAUUUCUCUAAAAUCAUGUGAAUUAGAAGGCAAUGUUCUGGUGUAAGAUAGGGAGGGGAGGAGGAUCUUGAACUUGCCUAUGAAAUAAAUGGUCUUAAAGUUUUGCAACGUACCAGUUAGGAAUUGAGUUUGUACUUGGUAGGUCGUGUUUGAGAACACUAGGUUGUACUAGAUACUUGAAUAAACAAUAAGACACAGUAAGUUAGUAUACCAAUCAAGUGGUGGUUUCCCCAAAAAUGUAUUGACAUGAUGGUAUUUUUGUUUUCCUAUUGGACCCUAAUUGAGCGAAUUUGAUUUAGCACAAAUGAAUUUCCAUCAUGAAGUUGAUUUGGUAGUAUAGUAGCUUGCUAAUAAGUAUAUGACUUAUAGUAAACUUUUACUACUCUUUCACUAUUUCGACAACUAUUCUCAUUGUCUGUGACCGAGAAUAAACCAUUUCAGAUUACUUCAUGAAUCUGGAGAAAGGUUGCACACUUGCAUUUGUUUAGAAUUUCUCUAAAAUUACAGAGAACCGCAGAACUAUCCCUUUUAAAACUAAAGUCCAAAAUAUCUUUGACCUGGUUAGCUAUAGACCUACAGUGCAACUUUAGCAAGUGAUAAGUAUUGAGAAACAUUCAUUUAAUAGUUGCAAGAUCUCCUUUGUUGUGAUAAACAAAUGGCGAGGAGGAUAAUGGCCAUAUAUAAUAAGGUGGUGGUGAAAUAGAUAAGAACAACAAGAAAGACAUAGACAUAGAAACUUCCAAAUUAUUCUCAAAUGUUUCAUGUACUUAUAGCCAACCCAUAAUAGAUCUUCCAUCGCAUGAUGAACAACAAUGGUAGGUUUUGGAUAACUUCAAAAGGUUGGUUAAAAUAAUUCCCGUCACAUAUUCUAUUUAGCGGAGCUAAAUGCUUUUCAAGCAUGUUCAUGUAACACAGUAAAAGCUACAAAAAUCUAGCCUAAGGGUGUUGUUUUGGUGUGGCUCCUAUGAUUGGUGAGAAUUCUGAAUACUGCAUCCUUUUUUGCAAAAAAAUUGAAGCAGCUACAAUGAGACUGACAAUUUCUUCCUAUAAUGGUUUUCUAUUUAUCAAAGUGAUAGAGGUCAGUGUAAGCACGACUCUCUGUGGGCUCAGGACCUUCUACUUGAUGCUUUCUUGGCAAUAAGUGUUCAGGUGUUGAAGUGGAUAGAACAAUGGGCUUCGAAUGAAAGCCCUUUCGAGUGUGUUGAAGAUCUUGCUAGCUUGAAUGAGUAAUGUCCGAAUUCACCUGCACAAAGACAAAGUUACUAGCCUCGGGGGUGUUUCCGAGGAAAGCCCCUCCGAUGCCUAAGUAAGAACGAUGCUCGGAUUCUAGAGAGAGAAGUUCUCUAGAGAGUGGUCUUAAGACGAUAAAUUGGACGUACCUUGAGGUGUGAGCCUUGGCGGCUUAUUUAUAGUGUUUGCAUAAUAAAUGCCCAUAGGUCAUUUAUUGCUAUUGGGCCAUGGGCCUUGGUUGAUGGCUGAAUAGCCCCUUUGGAGUGUAGUGGGUUUGAUGUUGUUGUAUUGAGCCAUUGAGCUUUGGACUUAGUGGCCCAAUUGGUAUUCAAUUGGGAGCCCAAACAACAUGCCCCCAGACCCGACCCAUUUAGAAUUAAAUGGGUGGGUUUCCAACUGUAAGAAUUCCAAAAGUUCCCUCUCUUUUUUGAAAAAGAGAUGAUUUGCAUUGAUGACAAGUGUUGGGACUUGUUUUGAGUUAGUGGAGAUCGUGGGUUUUGAGGAACUUGAUGCGCCCUUUCUUUUCUUCUAUAAAUACUAUGCAACUUCCCUCCAAACUUUACUUUCUCUUUCUUUCACAUAAGUUUUCUCCUUUUCCGGCGAUCGCAACUUUCGAAUUUUUUCAGAUCUACGGUCUUCGGUUAGCUUUUGUCUUCGGGAACUAGCUUCAUUCGCUUUGCCGGCGAAUUCCGCCUCGGAAGAAGGUAAUUUGCUUGUGAAUUUCGCUCUUUUUCUUGCUCUUUCUUCUACCCUCCAAUCUGAACCCUAGACUUAGGUCUUUUCGACCAUGGCUAAAAACAAGGGCAAGGGUAAGUUCGUUGGUGGUUCAUCUAGUGAGAGGGAAGAUGUCCCCUUAGAAAGGGUGCAGAACCCUUCGAAGGGUUGGCCUUCGGAAAAGGAGCCGAAGAAGGCUUCGACUGGUUGGGAUGCUUCCAAGGGGGGAUCUGUUGGGGGGUUCAGUGGGUCUGAACGUGCUGCUUCUGGUAAGAAGGCCAGUGUUUCAGGAGAUCAUCAUCGUCGGUCUUAUCCUGAGUUUCCGGUUCACUGGUCUGAGGCAGAUCCGAAGGGAAAGCUUGCGCCGAUCUUGCAUGAGACUACCAAGAUUGACGGUCCGCUGGAAAAGUCAGUGAGUGGUGACUGGUUGGUGGAGGCGAAGCUGGGAGCCUACCAUCGGAAAGCCGAGGAGCUAUAUGGGAUCCAGCAUGCUCUAGGGUAUUGGUGUGAACUUCCCGAACAGGAGCGUCCUCGCGUGACUCAUUCGCCGAAGGGUUUCAUUUCUGUGUACACCCAUCAUUUGGAGAAUGGUCUUCGCUUCCCUCUAGAUCCAUUCAUUUCCGAGCUCCUUGUGUCGUACAACAUCAGUUUGGCUCAACUCACUCCCAAGUCUAUGAGGCAUAUCAUCGGAUUUCGGUGGGUGUGUGAUUUUGUCAACUUCCCCUGUCCCGUGGCUAUUUUUAAGGACCUCCACGAUCUGUCUUUCAACCAUGCUUCCAAGGGUGAUGGGUACGGUUGGUGGACUAUUGUUAAUAAGAAGUCUCGGAGGAAAGGCGAGCCAAACUAUAUCACGGCUUACCCUUACCUCAGCUCCGAUCACAAUUGGAAAACGGAAUGGUUGCUUGUUCGUGUCCCGACGGAUCCGAAGCACCCUAACUUCUACCGCCCGCCGAAAUGGUUCGUGAAACCUGAUCCUGACAUGUCGGGGGUGGGCUCUCCGGAUCGGAAUCAUCAGCACUAUGUGGACCUUCUCCAGUGGUUUCUGGCUCGGGAAGAUAAUUAUAAGCUACCGGCUAGCUGGCUUCCGAACCUUAACUACAUACUUCGGAAGGAUAUUCUUGUUGUCGCCGGUCUCAACAGGGUAUUUGACAGGGAGUACGGUUUUGAGCGUAUCGAUCCUGUGGUUCUAGGCAUUUCCUUGGAUUUGCGAACCAUUCACGACUCGGCUCCCGAGUACAAGUUUGGGAAAGAGAAUCCCCGUAAUCCUCGUCUGAAGGAUUACGUACUGUCCCCUGCGGGUGUUGCUCGGAUUGCCGAAGCUCGAGCUGAUCCCUUUGACUCUGUUUCAUCCCCCGAAGCUGUUCCGGUGAAGGUUGUUCUUCGUCCUCUUGAGAAAACUUCGGAUCCGGGUCUUGGGACUGACGCUGCGCCGCGUGCCGCCCCUUCGGUUUCGUCCCCGACUCGGAUAGAUACCUCCUUAUCUAGGAUCCAGGAGCAGAAGAAGAGAAAAGGUAGCACGUUGCUGAAGUCUUCGGUGCUCCUGAAGAAACAGAAGGCUUCUCAGGCUUCGGAGAAGGAAACGGCUUCUGGACAUGCCUCCCCCGAAGAGUCUUCGGGACUUCAUGCCUCUGCCAGGGCAGAAACUGAAAAGUGUUGUGGUUCCGGAGCCGCCGCCCGUGGAUCAACCUUUCGUGGAGGAAACUGUUGUUCUUUCUGUUAGGUUAUGAUACAUAUGACAAUUCAUAAAUCAUGCGGAAAAACCAUAAAGCCAGGAAAACAUAUUAUUUACACAUAAUCAUUUAGCAUAGUUUAGAUGCA